AUUCACAAAUGAAUGUUUAAUUAUAUUGCAAAAAUUACGUACGUAAUUAUGACGAAUUUGGAUAUUGAAGAUAACCAAUAAGAAUUUGUUUAUUAUACAAACGGGACUUUGCAAGGACCAUACAUUUCAUAAUAUGUGGUAAUUUAAAUUUGUUUAAUAAAGUUCAAACAAUUCAAAACUUGUUCGAUAUGUUGACGUUAGUGGUGGUGGCGUUGUGAUUUAUGCAAGUAACUAAAUUUAAAAAUAACUAACAAAAUUUUUAUGUGUACUAUAAUGUAAAUCAGUAUGUAAUAUUCCGCUUGCUUGACUAAUCCAUUGAAGUCAAAUUAGAUUUUUAAUUGAAAUAUGACAUAACCUCUAAAAUGAACAGAGAAGAGAACCGACUACAAACUUUUAGUGAAUGGCCAAGUGAUUCAGUUGUGGACCCCCAAAGAAUAGCUAAGGCAGGUUUUUUUUACACUCGAAAUAAUCAAACUGUGGAAUGUUUCUCCUGCCAAACUCAAAUAUCUGAAUGGAAUUAUGGGGACCAAGUUAUGGCUCGACAUAGAGCCCAAAGUCCCCAGUGUGCUUUUGUACAGGAUCCUCUGUCAACUGAUAAUGUGCCUCUAAUAUCUGGAACAUCUUCAAAUUCAAGUGAUCUUACUGAUGUUGAUGGCCGUUUGUCAACAUUUGAAAAUUGGCCAUCAUCAGAUAUUGUGACACCAGAAACAUUAGCGAGAUCCGGCUUCUAUUACUUACAAGAAGCGGACAGAACGCAGUGUGCAUACUGUCAUGGGAUUAUUAUGUCUUGGGAAGCUGGUGAUGUGCCAGACCUUGAACACCAAAGGCAUUUUCCCCGAUGUUCCUUUGUAAACUCUGUCAUUAAACCACGAUUGGCGGCAGGUAAUACAGAGAACACCAUAAUUCCAGGAAUAAAUGACAAUGGAGACUCACUUAACUUGUUGGGGGUCUACAUGCAUCAAGGGCCAAAGCAUGCUAGAUAUUCAACAGUUAAUUCUAGAUUGCGUACUUUUGCCACUUGGCCAGCAGAUCUAAUUCAAACUCCAGAUACAUUGGCUGAAGCUGGAUUUUUCUAUGAAGGUAUCAGUGAUCAGGUACGAUGUUUUCAUUGUGAUGGAGGCCUGAGGAAUUGGGACCCUGUUGAUGAUCCAUGGACUGAACAUGCCAGAUGGUUUCCUUCUUGUUCUUUUGUGAAAUUAAUUAAGGGACAGGAGUUUGUGGAAGCAUGUGCAGUAGAAGUUCCUUCAGAGGAACCAAGUGGUCCAACGACACAUACUCAGAAGGGGAGAUCAACCGGAAGUAAUGUGGUUCCCAGAAGAGAAAUAACUGAACAAGAGCUUCAGGAGCAUAUGACUAACCCAGUUGUUCUUGCGGCCUUAGAAAUCGGCCUAAAUGUGGAAAGAGUUAAACGUGCAAUCAAGGAAAAAUUAGAACAAACUGGUCGAUCAUUUUCUCAGGCUGACGCUCUGGUAGAAGCUGCCUUAAGCUUACAACAUGAUGAAGACGAUACUGUAACUGAAACUGACGACUCUUCCAUAGUAACAAGACACAUCAGGCCUCAUGUUCCUCGAGUAAGACAUAAUACAAGUCCAUCCACUGAUAAAACCCCAUCCAAAUCCAUCUCUGUCGAUACAAGUGGCAGCUCCGGCGAAAGAAGUUCAACUAAGCCUGUUUCACUAGAAGAAGAAAAUCGAAUUUUAAAAGAGGCCAGACUGUGUAAAAUUUGUAUGGAUAUUGAAGUAGGAAUUGUAUUUUUACCUUGUGGUCACUUGGCCACUUGCGUAAACUGCGCUACUAAUUUAGAACUGUGUCCAGUUUGUAGGUCGGCCAUAAAAGCAACUGUGAGAACCUUUUUAGCUUAAAUUCUGAUUGAUUUGUGUUAUUUAUUUUUAAAUGUCUUUUAAUUUAAUUUAAUUUUCAACCAAAUCUCUCUCACAAAUGUUUAUUUAGUAUAACGAUAUACUCAAUAACCAAGUGUAAAGCCUAAGAAUAUGUAAAUGAUAUAUUUUAAUACUUGACAAAUAAACGUUUUUGAUUAAAAGAAA